GUGAUGGCGCUGCUUACUUCCGCCAAAGCCUUUUUCGAGUAGCAAGAAAAUCGGGCAAGAUGGCCGAAGGAACCGCUACUAUAAGAACCAGAAAGUUCAUGACCAACCGGCUACUAUGCCGCAAACAAAUGGUCGUCGAUGUUUUGCACCCGGGUCAACCUUCGGUCCGAAAAACCGAGGUUCGUGAAAAAUUAGCAAAAAUGUACAAAGUCACCCCAGACGUUGUCUUCGUCUUUGGCUUCCAAACAAACUUUGGAGGUGGAAAAUCCACUGGUUUUGCCCUCGUUUACGAUACAUUGGACUUUGCCAAGAAAUUCGAACCUAAAUACAGGUUAGCUAGGCACGGACUUUACGAGAAGCAGAAGCAAACGAGAAAACAGAGAAAGGAACGUAAGAACAGGAUGAAGAAGGUCAGGGGUACGAAAAAGACCAAAGUGGGAGCUGCGGCUAAAAAGGCAAAGAAGUAGAGAAAUGAUCAUCAUUUGCGUUACAUCUCAGGAUGGAAUGGUCGCAUAUAUAUUUAUAUUAAACAUGGUCUCAGCAUGUCUUCGCAAUCUCUAUAGACAUUUUUCUUCAGCUUCUAUACAAUUUUCGGUGGCUUCUUCAUAAACAUCAUUCAAUAAAAUAUCACGUGGGCUCAUCACAUUUUUUUAAUUUGACCUUUAAAGGGCAUACUGGGGUGGAAAACACCCAGCGUCUUAUUUGCGCUUUAACAAAACGUACCAAAUUCAAGAAAAUGG